UGUUCUUUGCCCAUAACUGGUUGUCAAGGAAAUAAAGCAUCUGUUUUGAACGUUGGUGCAUUUUUAUCAGACAAGUUAGUCAACCAAGUAGCUGUGCCGUAACGUCGCGGAAUUCCAAAAUAUAACUGAUAAACAUCUAAGCGAUGCAAAAGAUCCAAACGGGUACACAUGACGGGACCGCGAAAUGACUGAUUUGUUGACGUUGUCGAUUCUUCAAAAAAACACGAUAUCAUGGCACAAAUCCUGGAUCCUGGGUCUAUUGUGGUAGACGACUGGCAUCGAAGUGCAGAUAGUAGGGAGUUCUUCAGUAGGAUUCUACACAAGAAAAAACGUAGAAACUUUGGUCUUCUGGAGGCUCCAGUAAUGCCCCCUAAUGUGUCUGUGGACACUGUCCACUACAAGAUCUUCAUCUCAGGAAAGAGUGGAGUAGGGAAGAGCGUUCUAGCUGCACGUCUCACUGGGUUGAAAAUUCCUAACAUGCACUAUGAAACAACAGGUAUUGAGACCUCAGUGGUCUAUUGGCCUGUGAAGUUGAGAGAGAGCGGUCGUGUGCUGUUUUUCCGCUUGCAACUGUGGGACUGUGGGGAAAACGCCUUACGCAGAUUUGAUCACUUGCUUCCGUCAUGUAAGGAGCAGGUAGAUGCCAUCCUCUUCCUCUUCUCCUUCACUGAUAGAGUGUCAUUUGAUGAUCUGACCAAUCAGAUCGCCAGAGGCACUGAACUUUGUGACAGAGUUGUGAAAUUGGUUGUCGGCACAAAAUUUGACCUGUUCACGCACACAGACGUGACAGAGAGGGAGGUGACCCGGUUCCAGGAGGUCAGUGGCCUGCCAGUGUUCCGCAUGGGUGGAGACGUCACUAACGCCAGUAACCUCGGUGAGGUCGCGCCCCUACUCAACUGCCUAGCGGAGCACCUGUGGCACCAGGACUGUGUGGCAGCCAUGGCCCCUGCAAUCCCCACGCACCCAGAAUCUGCGGUGUAUAUGAAAUCAACGGUUUGAGCAGCUCGUUUCCGCCUCCCACACUGCUGCGGUACCCUCGACAGAGCAGUCCCAGAAAACAUAAGACUGGAACAACCGAACAGCACGCUACUGACAGCCUAUUUGCUCCAAUUAAUGUGGUUCCAUGUACCUGCCUCAAGCUUAUUUAAAUACACUGGUUGGGUUUUUGAACAACACUUUAGUAGAAAAUGAGGUCUGUCUGAAUUUAAAUGAUAAUCUUCAUUUAUAUUGAUUUGAGGGCAGCUAGAGUAUGUAGUUGUAAUUGUUCAAAAAUAAAAAUGGGUUAUUUUACAAUUGGAGUCACUAUUAGGAUCUUAUGUUUAAAAUGUUUUAAGUCUAAUGUUACAUAUGAAGUAUUUCAUGUUUUCAGUUAUGGUUCCAAAUAAAGUCUGACCAUUUUAUUC